CAAAAUAUCAGAUGAUGAGACAAAUGAAGGCUACAAUAAAUUUAUCAAAGAAUAUAGAUCAAGAUAUGAAUGGGAUAAUGAAGAGAAUCCUGAAUUUAUACCAGAGUGUCUGCUCAGUGUAAGAAAUCCAAUAUCAUUAUUCCAUAUUAAGGUAGAUGACAAUGCAGAUGAGGUAGAUAACUUCCGGUAUAGGUUAUUGCUUCAAGGUGAAGACUCAAUAGUGAAUUAUUAUUCGAAGAUAAAGAGAUGUAACAAUGUUAUCAAGCUCUAUAAAAAUCAUCUUAGAGAAAUAUUUCAUAAAGGAUUAUCACUAGAAAGUCAAAGGUAUAUCGCAAGAUUUAGAUAUUAUUAUGAUCACGAUCUUGAUCCUGAUAAAAUGGUAGAAAUGCUUAUUCAAGUUGAAAAGGAAAAUGUGCCUGAUUUUAUUACUGCAUUUAGUGAUUAUCUUAGUCAAGCUAACGAUGUUCAGAUUUUGACCCAAUCUGGGUUUUCUAAUAAUAAUUUUAUUUCUGCUUUUCUUAAUCUGGAAUUAACGAGACCCUCUAUGACGAGACUGCGCCUUCGGCAGAAAAUGGUCCAGGUGUGUUAA